GUAUAUUUUCUCCUGUCGUUCACAUCACAACUAGUUUUGUUGGAAAAAUAUUUAAAAAAAAUAAUAAAAAAAAAUUUCCCAAAGGAAAUUCUACCGUGGAAAUUUGGUAUUCAUGAUGUCGGACUACUCAAAGUUCCUUACCAACUUGACUGAUCAGCUGGGCCUUCUGCCGGGACUAUCACCCGUAGGACUGGGCAAUUUGGGCAAUUUGAGCAACAAUCUGGGCAACUUGCGACCCACACACAAGGCUCUGAUGUGUGUGGGUGCUGCCACUGUGGCCUGCGUUGUCCUUGGACUCACUGUGAAGUCCAUAAAGGGGCGCAGCCGCAAAGACGACAAGAGUAUCAUCAAGGUGCGGAACGGGGCUUCGAUCAAGCGUGACCUUGAAGGGGCUGACAUGGACGAAGGGUCCUUUGGGGAGGGGAAUGCAAAUGUGGUGCCCAUUCAAGGGCACUAAAGCCUGAAGGACCAGAUCUAGAGAUUUCCCAAAAAAACCAAACACACGUCCCACUAAGAAGGCCCCUCCAUUAUAGAUGCUACAACCCUGUUUUGUGCGUUGCUAUGUUCUCUGUAUAUUUUGUAAUUUUAUACCGUCUUCAAAAACGGUUAUACAACAAAACAUCUGUUCAAAAUUCAAUCAAUGUUCAUUCACAAUUUCGGAAACCAAAGACUCAAAAAAAAUGUAAUACCCCAUCUAUGUAAUCUUGAUAAUCCUAUAUAAAGCCAUGUUAUGUUAA